AGAAACUUCUACCUUCAAAGCUAAGUCUUUAUAAUUUAGAGAGAGGAAAGCGUCCCUUUUCCUGUUUCUCUCUCUUCAUUUCGUCUAAACCCUAUCGCGAGCUCUCAAUCGACCUUCAAAUGGCGAACAGUAAUCUUCCCCGAAGAAUCAUCAAGGAAACUCAGCGUCUCCUUAGUGAACCGGCCCCUGGGAUUAGUGCCUCGCCGUCAGAAGAUAAUAUGCGAUAUUUUAACGUGAUGAUCCUUGGCCCGACCCAGUCACCCUAUGAAGGAGGAGUUUUCAAGUUGGAGCUAUUUUUACCCGAAGAAUAUCCUAUGGCUGCUCCCAAGGUUCGAUUUCUCACAAAGAUUUAUCAUCCAAAUAUUGAUAAGCUUGGGAGGAUAUGCCUUGAUAUUCUGAAAGACAAAUGGAGUCCAGCUCUACAGAUACGAACUGUACUUUUGAGUAUUCAAGCUCUUCUGAGUGCUCCAAACCCAGAUGAUCCACUUUCCGAGAACAUUGCCAAACAUUGGAAAUCGAAUGAGGUCGAAGCUGUUGAAACAGCAAAGGAAUGGACUCGAUUAUACGCAAGUGGUGCUUAAAGAAGGGAAACUGCGGAAGCCUUUUAUCUCUUCGGUUUUUAAUAACAUGAAUGUGCCAUUUGCUGUGGAUUUUAAUGAAAAAAUCUGGAAGAAUUUAGUGUCAAAAUUGUAACUGUCUCUAUAAUUGUGCGUCUUUUGGCAGGAGUCUGUACCCCCAUACUAUGUAUGAUCAUUGAUUAGAUGGAAUACCUUCUUCUAAGUUCAAUA